AUGUCCUUGAACUGCUUUUGCGAAUUGAAUGGAACAGAAUUUGGCUUUGCUCUUUGCAACAUCACGUUGAACCACACUGGCAAUGGGAGCGGGUACUGCCAGCCCCAGACUCUGGAUGAUAUCCUCUUCAGACUUCUCGGGCCGAGAAGAUCCCCAUUCUUCCUCCCUGUAACUCUCACCUACAUCCUUAUCUUCAUCACCGGGGUGAUGGGGAACCUUCUAACAUGUACUGUGAUCACCAAGCACAGGAAAAUGCGGACUCCCACCAACUUGUACCUCUUUAGCUUGGCCAUAUCUGACUUGCUAGUGCUGCUGUUUGGGAUGCCUCUGGAAAUCUACGAUCUGUGGCAGAACUACCCGUUCCCGUUUGGAGAAAGCGUUUGCUACUUCAAGAUCUUCUUGUUUGAGACAGUUUGCUUCGCAUCGGUCCUCAAUGUCACGGUUCUGAGCAUUGAACGCUACAUAGCCGUGGUCCAUCCGCUCAAGACCCGCUACGCCAUCACCAACAAGCAUGCCCAGAGGGUCAUCGGAGGCGUUUGGGUCGUCUCUUUGGUUUGCGCCAUUCCAAACACUUCCCUCCAUGGCCUUCACUACUAUUACCUGCCCGAGAAGGUGCUGGAAUCGGCCACCUGCAACCUUCUCAAACCCCAGUGGAUCUACAACCUGGUGAUCCAAGUGACCACUGUGCUUUUCUACUUUGUACCCAUGACUGUGAUCAGUGGGCUGUACCUGGUGAUUGGGCUGAGGCUGGGCAGGGAGCAGAGGCAGCAGGGCACGAAACUGGGCAAGAACUGCAGCGAGAACACCAGCUGGAGGAUCCAAGUGGAGACUGGGCGCAGGAGACAGGUCACCAAGAUGCUGGCUGUAGUGGUUCUGGUCUUUGCUAUCUGCUGGGCGCCGUUCCACAUUGACCGGCUCUUGUGGAGCUUCAUCACGCAGUGGACCGACCACAUGCACAAUGUAUUUGAGUACGUCCACCUCCUGUCUGGCGUGCUGUUCUACCUGAGCUCCGCGGUCAACCCCAUUAUCUACAACUUACUGUCCAGCCGCUUCCGCGAGCGCUUCUUUGAGCUGAUGUGCAGUCGGGUGGAUGGAAACACUUCAAGGAACAGCUCUCCGCCGUCCUGCAAACGGGCCUCCUUCCCUAAAGGACCUGCGGCUAUCACAUCCAACAUACAGGCCGCUGCGGCAGGCCCCCAUCCAUCUGUUAUCUUCAGCAGAAAAUGGGAGCAGGAGCUCGAGACCACUUUUAUGUGA